CCUUUCCAUUGGGUUCGCCUGGCUUUCUCUUCCCCGAUACACGUAGGACGGUGCUCCUCUAGCGCUGCCGACUUCGGCUGGGCGUGAUGGGUAAGGUAGGCUGGAGAGCCGAGUCACGCAGCCUGCGGAGCUAAUGAAGAAGGGCUAGUAGCUUCCGCGCAAGGUCCGGGCGUGGACGUAGCUGGGACGCGCAGGCCAGCCAGGUGCUGGGAGCUCGGGGCUCCUUCUUCCGGAGACCCCGACGCGUUGCCCGGUUACCGCGUCGUCUCAUCUCCCUUCCACAGUCUCCAGGGCCGGGCCUCGCGGCCGCCGAGGCACCCGGCCCCGAGCUCUCGCUGUUCGCCUCUCCAAUGAAUCAGAAGGUGCGCGCAGCGCUGCUGCCUCCCCAAGAUGUCGGAGACAAGGUGGAGACACUUAUGUUACAUCCAGUGAUCAAGGCUUUCCUGUGUGGCUCUAUCAGUGGGACCUGCUCUACCCUCCUUUUCCAGCCCCUGGAUCUCCUUAAAACACGCCUGCAGACUCUCCAGCCCUCAGACCACGGGUCCAGACGUGUUGGCAUGUUGGCUGUAUUCUUGAAGGUGGUUCGCACUGAGAGUCUUUGGGGCCUUUGGAAAGGGAUGUCCCCUUCCAUCGUGAGAUGUGUCCCUGGUGUUGGAAUUUACUUUGGCACUCUCUACUCUUUGAAGCAGUAUUUCUUGCGAGGCCAUCCCCCUACUCCCCUGGAAUCGAUCAUGCUGGGUAUGAGCUCUCGCUCUGUUGCAGGGGUCUGCAUGUCACCUAUCACAGUGAUCAAGACACGCUAUGAGAGUGGAAAAUACGGCUAUGAGAGCAUCUACGCAGCUCUGAGAAGCAUCUACCGCAGUGAGGGACACCGAGGCCUGUUCAGCGGCCUGUCAGCAACUCUCCUUCGUGAUGCACCCUUUUCAGGAAUUUACCUGAUGUUUUACAGCCAGACCAAAGGCCUAGUGCUCCAUGACCAGUUGGAUGCAGUCUUUAUUCCUGUCAUAAAUUUCAGCUGUGGGAUAUUUGCUGGUAUUCUGGCCUCCCUGGUAACUCAACCUGCAGAUGUUAUCAAGACCCACAUGCAGCUCUCCCCAGUGAAGUUUCGGUGGAUAGGCCAAGCAGUAACUAUCAUUUUCAAAGACCAUGGGUUGCGUGGCUUCUUUCAAGGCAGUGUCCCCCGGGCCCUCCGCAGAACUCUGAUGGCAGCAAUGGCAUGGACGAUCUAUGAAGAGAUGAUGGCCAAAAUGGGCCUAAAGUCCUGAUAAGAGAGGACCAGGAAAGGGUGGAAUCUGCUGUCCUGCUUUGUUCCUGUCAAGCACUGCUUUAUCUCAGCAUCUGGAGUCUGGUGAAGUCCUACCUGGAAAGCCAGGAAGAAACAUGUUUGCCUUCAGUCCCCCAUUGAAGGAGACCUGCCUGGAGGCUUCAGAUUCCCAGAAAAGGAGUCACCAAUGCACAACACAGCCCACUAAAAAGUUGGGACAGAGGUUCGUAUAUCCUGCAAACUACUUGAAAGACAUUUCCAGAGAGAUGUCUGCCAGGUGGUUCUGCUUUAGCCACCUGCCUACACUACAGCUCCUUGAGCAUGUGCCGGGGCAAGGAGUCAUAAUCCGGAGAAGCUGUAGGCCUCCUUCCAUGUCUAAGGAGCUCUACAUGGGGAAGACUAGAUCUGAGAAGAGACAUAGUGAUGUCUACCAGGUGAAGACUGUCUGAAGUAUACCAGGUGUAAGAAGAAAAUAUUUCAUUUAUUUGGUUCCUAAUCAUCUUCUCAGAGGCUCUGGAGAAUGGGGAUAGUAACUUCCUAGUCUCUAAACAUCCAAAGAAAAAUUUUUGGUGUUGGCCCCCGUACUGUUUCAACUGUAAGCUGUUCUGGCCUUUUUCCACAACUAAAGUUUGGAUUAAUAAAGUAAUAUUCUUUAUCUUUGAAA